GCGCACCCGCUCCCCCUCACCCGCUCGCUGCCCAUCACUUCGCCAUCCUCGCCGACGCCGACGCCGACGAGACCAACCACCAUGUCGUACAGCUACGCCUCGCGGCGACGUGGCGGGGGCGGCGGUGGAGGGAUGGCCGCGACGGUGCUUGCGGCUAAGGUGGCGUUCGCGGCGGCGGCGGUCGCCGGGGCUGGCUCCUUCGCGCGCCUCGCCGUGCCGCAGCUCGUGUCCGUGGCCGGCGCCGUGUUCCCGCGGGUGUGGGCGGCGGCGAGGGUGUGGCUCGUGCCGCCGUACCUGUUCGUCACCGUGCACCUCAUCAUCCUCGUCAUCUGGAAGCUCUCCGACCACAAGCACUUCCAGGCGCAGCAGCAGCAGCUCAAGGAUCCAUGGCCGCACCCGCAUCCGGCUGUUCCAGUGGCCGCGGCAGAGGAUGCGCCAUCGCUUGUUGUCAAGCCCAAGGAGGAGUUCAACGCCGCGGCGGCCGUGUACGGCGGCGGCGGCGGCGGCGGCAUGCCGGAGCACGAAGCCUCCCCGGAGAUCUCCCCGGACUCCGGCGGCGGCGAGUCCUGCGUGACCACGGAGUCCGACGAGGACGCGUCCACCGCCGCGUCGUACACCUCCGACGAGAGGCGGAGCCUUGCGCCGCCGCCGCAGGAACACUCGGUUCUCGAGCGGGAGUUCUCUGUGCCGCUCCCGGCCGUCGACAGCGGCAGGGACGCCGCCGCCGCCGCCGCCGAUGACGACGACGACGACGACCUGGACGCCACGUGGAACGCCAUCAUGCAGAAGACGCGCCCGGCCACCGCGCCGGCAAUGGCGGCCCCUCCGGCGCAGAAGGCGCCUCCCGCAGGGCCGCCGCCGCCGCGAGCGCGCGACCCGUCGAUCGGAGCGGAGGAGAUGAACCGGCGAUUCGACGAUUUCAUCAAGAAGAAUCGCCACUCCUUCGGCCGGCAAUAAGCUCCCUCCGAUCCACUCCCCUCCGCCGUACAAUACAUAUAGAAAUUUUCAUCAUCUUUGGUUUUUCAUUGUUCGCCGAAGAGAUCGCCGGAGCGGAGGAAGCCGGGCUAAUCGUAUCAUCAUCUUCAGGAUGUGGAGGUUCCAGAAUGAAUGGAUGGAUGGUGGAUGGUGGUGCUAUGGAAGCUGCUAGACAGAUGACCUUAAUGUGCUGAAGUGAUGGUUUUUGAAUUGGUACUUUGUUGUUAGGCUCUCCUUUAUCAGCUGUGGUGGCCUGGCAUUUUGUUCUUAGCUUUCUCUUUCUCCUCCUUUCCUUUUCCUACAGCUCUUUUACUGAUUAUAACAGUGCUAAUUGUCCAAAGUUCCUAUGGAGUUAAUUCUGGUGGGUAGUGGGUGUGCUUGUGAUUAUAUCUAUACUGUUUGGAUGCCACAUUGUGGCUGUGUUGUUUAAAUGUCAGCCACAGGUCAAUGACCAUGCCACCAAAUUGGUCCACUGUUCUAAUGUUGCUAUCUAUUUGCUCACUGUUUGAAAUGGAUAACCAACAACUCAUUUGAGUAACAAAUCUUAGAUGCAUAGGGUGCUAAUAAUGAGGAGAAAAAAACCCCACAUAUAUAAUGGUCCAUGUUUGCAUAUAUACAACUCAUAAUGGUCAGGAAAGAAUUGAUUUUUUUGAUGUGAACCUUUCUCACAAACUAUUCCUUGAUUCCUUCAGUCCUUCAAUAUGCAGCGACGAAGAAAUCCUAAGUGGUGAAAAAUCAUUGAACUGCAGAGGACCAAAGACUUUCUUGAAAUGUAAAGGCUGCAACUCUCUGAGAUGACACCAAUGGAACAUUUCUGUCGAUCUUGACAUAUGAUGCCCGGAGAGCAUUUUUUUCAGAGUAAUGUCGAGAUUUUCUGUUGCUAUCAGUACCUGUACUUGUAUAUGCGUACUUUGCUCUGAAAACCGUGCAGUAUUGCUUUCAGUAUGACAUAAGCAGAAUCAAUUCCUGAUCUGUUGAAGUAGUAGUAAUACUAGUAAUACUGGUCAGUAGUUUAAGUCAUCAUCUUCCUGGAGUACUGAUUAUUAUUACCUGAUACCUCAUAAAGUGCAUCAAUGAUGUUAACUUGACAAAAUA